ACAUAUUAAAGAGUGGUGACGACAAGGAACGAAGUUCUCCUUGUACAUAUUAACAGAUUUCUUAGGAUAUACGUAAAAAUAUGUUUUGACCAAUCCGCUCGCGCUGACCAGAACCGGAAAUUGUAAACUACUGGCAUCAUUAUUUUGUCAAAGCAACAGACUGAGCAGCUUCUCACUCGAGCUGUUUUUUGGAUUAUCGAGAUGAAACACAACUCAAACGUCCCGGCUUUCCUCACCAAACUGUGGACACUGGUAGAGGAUGCAGACACCAACGAGUUUAUCUGCUGGAGUCAGGAGGGCAACAGUUUUCUGGUGUUGGACGAGCAGCACUUUGCCAAGGAGAUCCUCCCCAAGUUCUUCAAGCACAACAACAUGGCCAGCUUCAUCAGGCAGCUCAACAUGUAUGGAUUCCGUAAAGUGAUGCACAUUGACACUGGCAUUGUGAAACAGGAGAGAGACGGUCCAGUGGAGUUUCAGCACCCCUACUUCAAACAUGGCCAGGACAACCUUCUGGAGAACAUCAAAAGGAAGGUUUCCAACACUCGGCCAGAGGACAACAAGAUUCGACAGGAAGACCUAACCAAGAUCUUGGCGACUGUUCACAGUGUUCACAGCGAACAGGAGAGCAUCGACGUCCGUCUGGCAACACUCAAGAGGGAGAAUGAAGCUCUGUGGAGAGAGAUCUCAGAUCUGAGACAAAUACAUGCCCACCAACAGCAGCUCAUCAAAAAGCUGAUACACUUUAUUGUCACAUUGGUACAGAACAACCGCAUCCUGAAUUUAAAACGCAAAAGGCCACUUCUCAUGAACAGCAAUGGAAAGAAGCCCAAAUACAUUCAUCAGAUCUAUGAUGACAAAGUGUGUGUGGAGCAGUCGUCUAUCAACAAUCUGAAUGAAGUGAUGGACUCGGAGAUCACAGAUGACGUGAUCAUCUGUGAUCUGACUGAGAGUGAUGCCGAGGUGGCGGCUGAGAUCACAGAGCGCUCACCCAGAGCCUACGAGCAAGGUGAUGUAGAGAUCGUGGAAGUAGAGUUGGACAGCUGUGGGUUGCUGGCAGCGGAGACGGAGGUGAGCACCACCCGCAUAGAUGACAGCCCCAGACAGACGGAGGCUGGUAUGUCAGCAGCAGCAGAGGACAGCCAGAGGAGCAGCACGCUAGACAGCAGCGGAACAACUAGCAGCGCCCUGCAGCUCAAUAAAGCUUCAGGCCUGAGUCUGGAGGACCCCAUCAAGAUGAUGGACUCCAUACUGAAUGAGAGCGGAGCCAUAUCACAGAACAUCAACCUGCUGGGCAAGAUGGAGCUGAUGGACUAUCUGGACAGUAUUGACUGCAGUCUGGAGGACUUCCAAGCCAUGCUUUAUGGAAAACAGUUUGGCAUGGACUUUGAUGCCCUCGAGGAGAGUUUGUCCAAAGACAACACGGCACAGCUCAGCAGAGGCAGGACAGAGGACGUCAACACAGAUAAGCAGCUGAUCCAGUACACGUCUUGCCCCCUGCUGGCCUUCCUGGAUGGCUGCAUUCCUCAUGCAGAGCAGGACGUGAGCCCCGGUGGCAGCAGCUCCUCCAUUAAUACCCCUCAGCCCUCCUCCAGCCCCGGUGCUUGUGUGGAGGCGGAGCCGCCCUUGGAGUUGCUGGACCCCAGCCUGGAGUCGAAGCAGCCGGCCCGCAGCUCUCUGAUCCACCUGGAGCCUCUGACCGAGGCGGAGGCAAGCGCCGAGUCGCUCUUCUACCUGUGUGAACUGAGUCCUGCUGCAGCGGAGGCCGACGCCCUGCAGGACGGAGUGUGAGCAGGGAUGUUGGUUCACCAGACUCCUCAUAGCACUCUCAUUAUGUGUUAAUGUUCCCUCACCUCUGCAAGAGGGGCUUCUGUGAGAAGCAUUACAGACGUUUGCAUUGAAGAUAACAUUUGAGUUACAGAAAUAAGCCACAUUUUCAUCAAAUAUUCUAAUAAUAGUUAACAUCCUCUGGCCGUUAUUAACCCUUUGAACCAGAGUCCAAAUAGGGCUCACAUCAUAGCCUCUAUGGACACAUCCUGUAUGUACAGUUAACAGGAAGUAUAAUGUUGCAAUAAGGAAUACUAGGAUCAUUUAAUACUGUACAUAGAGUAUGUGUGUCCAUGAAGGAUACACAUCCAUCUUCACAUCAUAAUCAUCUAUAUGAACAGUAAUCCAACUGAUUGUUGUUAUGGGAACUUCUGGACUUAUAGAUAACAUUAUACUUGUUUGUAUACCUGUUUACAUCACCCGAUGCAUGAUGGGAAGUAUAGUUCCAAAACACUAAACCUUCUAAUCCCAAAUGGAAAUAAAAAUAACAACUGCAAAAUGACAGAACCCAUAAAAACUAGCUUUGUCUUUUUGAAAUGUAAAGUAUUGUAGGCCUUAUUCAGAGAAUACAUGCAGCCUUUAAAACAGAGCUGAGCAGAGACAUAUGAGAGCUCAAUGUGUCUGAAAGUGAAACCUAUUGACUAAUGUUUUCUUCAAUGCAAUACUCUCAAAUGUCAAGAUGCCAUGAUAUCUACAAAGUGUGGCUCCUGUAAACACAAGACACAGCUUCGUCUCCUCUUCAGUAUCUUCACCAUCUGCUCCUACACCGUCAGCAAGGAGGCAUCCUCACCAACACACUGAACCAAAUGUAUUUAUUCAGAUUGUUUUUGUCUUUUGCUACAUUUGUGUCCACACAGAUUUGGACCCUUCAGGGAAAGAUUUCAGAGUCGUUCUGGAGAGCUGGGACAUUAGGUGACUGAACUGCAGACUGGACAUUAACAUUAUCAAAAGACAUUUCACAGUUUGCUCAUCACUCCUGAGACACACUUUAUAAAGUAGAUUGACAGCUGCACCACUUCUCUUAACAACAUACGUUCCUGAAGACAAACAUAAGACAGGUUGUUGUCUGUCUGUGUAACUGGAGACUUGCUCCAGUUCGUGUCCUCCAGGUGAAGCUGCCAUCCAACCGAGACUAACUAACCACUAAUACAAUAUUUGGGUCAACUUGGGUUUUCUAUGUAGGGAAGUACCCGUUAUUCUCACCUUUAUUAACACGUUGAAAAUGAACGACACCUGUUGUCAAGAAUGAAAAAGCAGCUUAAAACAUGAAUUCAUUUUUUUUAUAGAAAAACAUCCCCAAGGUCCAAGCUCCCUGUUCCAUCAGUGGACACCAGAGGUGAGAGAAAGCAGUCUGUUAAAUGUGAGCUGAUCUCCGCUGUAAAUAGUGUCUCAGUAUGUUCAUGUUGUGCUGAAGGGAAAGUCCUCUCCUGUCUCCUCUGAUAUAGUAGGUAAUAAGUGUCCACUUCAGAUACUGUGUAUAGUUGACUGUGCAUGGCCAUUUCCCUGUGAGCCGCCCUCAUCCCACCAGCUGUCAGUCAAUGUUGCUGUCACAAUAAAGCAAAUGCUACAGUACA